AUGCCUGCAGCAUCCACCUCGGUGUGUGAGCAGUGCUCCCUCCAACCGUCCAAAUACACCUGUCCCACCUGCAAGUUCCGCACCUGCUCUCUAGCAUGCACACAAUCACACAAAGCUUCGCACUCCUCCACAAAGCCCACCCCCACGACCACUCCAUCUGCGGCAUCCACUUCUGCAUCCACCCCCACCCCCAAGACCGACACCACAGCCUUCGUCCCAAUGACCGCGUACACAGAGGAAACAAUGAUGUCGGACUAUCUCUUCCUCUCGUCCAUCUCACGAAAGACCUCCGAAACCGGUCGAAACAUCCUCUCCAUGAACCUGCUUCCUCCUCCUCCUACCUCCACCAGCGCGGAAACGCACCACAAACCUUCUGCCUCCAGUGGUGGUGGGACGAGAAUGACGAAUCAGCAACGUCAACGCGAACAGCUCGUCAAACAGCUCCACUACCGACGUUUCAAAGUCAUGAUCCUACCGGACGGUAUGGCGAGGAGAAAGAUGAACGCAUCCGGGUUCGUUGCCAAGGAGAAAAAGUUCGUCUUGAGCAUCGAGCUCACAUUUCCCCGAACUGCGGCCAAGGUGGUGCACAAGCAAGAUUCCGCAUCGACCGUUGAGGCAGUGAUCCUCUUGGAACUACAGAAUCGAUCUUUUGCGAACAAGAAGGAUCUUUCGAAGAUCAAGGGUUCCCUCACAUCCACGGCAGCAGGGGGAAAGCCGGUAUGGAUCGUCUCCACUCGUGUGUUGAGCGAAUCGAACCUUGUCCUUCCGAAAAACGCCAAGCCCGUCGAGGGGGAGGGGACGCCGGCAGGUGAAAGCUUGGUAAAGCUGCAAAGCUGGCCGGAGGAAUGGGCGGUUCUGGUGCCGGCGUAUUCUGCAAGGCUGACGAACGAGAGUACGACGAGGUAUUUGGAGUGGUGGAGUAGGAAGAGGAAGUGGGAGGAGGCGAAUCCGGGGUUGGCCGAGGAGCAGAGGUUGCAAGCCGCGGUACAGGGAGUUGGAAGAGAGAAGGGAAGGGCGUGGGAGGGGAAGGGUCGAGGAGACGGUGGGUGGGGGAGAAAGCGCGAUCGCGAAGGGGAGGGCCAGGUUGAAGAUGGAAAGAGGAGAUGGGGUCGCGCAGAAGAGCUGCAGGAUGCAACGGUAGAGCCACCUGCAGCGGAGAUGCCGCAGACACCUGCGACAACUGAAGCAUCCACAGCUCCGACCUCGCAAUCCCUCAUCUCCAACACCCUCCUCUCCAUGCUCAGCCAGCGUCUAGGUCGAGCCUCACGACCUGAUCCUUCGCUCGACCCUCCUUCAAUGCCAGCCCUCUCCCAACCAGCACCUCCUUCCGAAUCUUCCCCGCAACCAUCCAUGCCCACCGCACAACCGGAUUCCGCGCGCUCCAUCCUGACGCACAUCACCGCCCCGCACCGAACCACCCUUUCGUGGCUGCUGCAAACGCUUCCUGACGGAUACAGUGUUGUCGAGUUCCCCGAACUGCGCAUCGUACCCUCCGACGAUGUGAAGCGGAUACGAGGGGAGAAAGGGCUGGAGGUGGUGGAGCUGGUUGGCGAGGGAGAAGAGCACGUGGAGAGGGAGGAGAAGGAGGAGGCGGUGUCGACGGUGACGCAGGUCGCGGGGGCUUCGUUGGGAUCGUUAGGGUUGCUGGCUGGGUACGGGUCCGAGUCGGAUACCGAGUUGGAGGAGCAGGUGGUGGCGGUGGUAGACGAACCAAAGGCUGAGCCGAAGGAAGAGGAUGGCGAAGAAGCAUCAACGGUUCCGAUGAAUGAGGCGAAUACGUCAACGCUUGCGCAACUCGCUCGCCAACAUGGUUUCCUCUCUGCCCCCCACACGACCACCUAA